CCAACUAUAAAUAGUCCAGCAGUUUACGCAUGCUCAUGUUUGAUGGGAAAUUGCAGUGCCUUAAGUCAGUCAGUGCUGUGGGGUAUCUGUCAAAGGAGGGAAAGAAACCUGUGAAUGUAUUCCUCUGUCUGGUGGAAAUGGGUUCACGGAGGGCAACACACCCGUCUCUUGGCAAUGGCAGAUCCAACAGUGUGGAUGAUACCAAUGGGAGUAGCCGGCCUAGUGGCUGCAGUUACAUCUCUAAUGUGAGGCCAGAAAACAGGAGCACACUCUGCAGUAUGAUGGCACAGUUAACUGAGGAAACGCAGCCCUCCUUCGAAACAACCGUCAAGUCAAAAGCUGUGUCCGAGAAUUGCAAUGUGAAGUUCUCUUGUGUGGUUACAGGACACCCUGCUCCUCAAGUUAUUUGGUAUAAGGAUGAUGUGCAGUUAGACAGAUACUGUGGACUGCCUAAAUAUGAAAUAUUCCGCAAUGGACAAAACCAUUCCUUGCACAUUUACAAUUGCACUGUGGAGGAUGCAGCUAUGUACCAGGCGUCAGCCAGCAACAUUAAAGGUAUUGUGUCCUGUUCUGGGGUUCUGGAGGUUGGUGAAAUGAACGAGUUCAAGAUCCACCAGCGCUACUUUGCUAAAAUUAAACAAAAGGCUGAAAGCAGACGCAGGGAAGCAGAAGGUAAAGAAAACCAGGAGCCGCUACGAACCAUCAGUCCAGACCGCACACAGAGAAAACGUCGCUCAACAAUGGAGGCCUUUCUCAGCACCCCAAGCUCCACGGAGGAUGAGAGCAGUGAGGAGAGCAAUCAGGUUGUAGCUUCAGAAACUGAGGCAAGAUUACAGGAAGCAACUGUGGAAGAGGUGAAAGAAAAACUAGUCCCCAUCACUAAUGGAGCAGUGUCUGCUGUAAUUAAAGGACAGGCCAUCAGUGAGAACAGGAGAAGUGAAAAGAGUGAGAUACAUAUAUAUGACUCUGCCCAGAAGAUUUUUACUGCACACCAACCCAAAACUCCCUUUGUCAAGAAGAAGAUUAAAAUAUCUAACAGUGCCAAAGUUGCAAAAUCAGAUGCACCUGCACUGCCGGCGUCUGAGCAGAGAAGAGCAAAAGAUGAGACCUCUGCCUCUUCAGCUCUGGCCUGCAAGGAUCCUGUACAGUCUGUGAGGAAUUCGGAAGAGGUUAUGGAAGUAGAAAACAUUGUUAGUUCACCAGUUGUGGAUUCAGACUCCAGAAACGUGACAGAACAACAUCAAAGAUCAGACACAGAGGAAGUAUCACUUGUUGAAAUGCCUUCAAAGGUUGAAAAGGAUGUAACUGUGGCUUCACAGAAAGAGCAGAUCACUGCCUUGGUACUUCCUGCUCCUCUUACAUCUGCAAACCAUACUGUGUCAGGAACUGAAUGUAAAGAGGUUGCAAAGACAAAGAUUGAGGAGGCAGAUGGACACAAAGAUACAAAAGAAAGUCAGAACCAACAUCCUCACACUACCUCAACACUACAAGACAUGCUACUACAAUCAAGUGCUGUAGCAGUACCCCAACAAACCCUCCGCAUAGCAAAGGAGGACAUUUCUAAAACAGAAGAUGUUACAGUCAUGGAUGUAGACGAAAAGUCAACUACCUCUACUGGUGCAUCAAUAGCACACAGAGGCGUUGAUUCAGUGAAUAUACUGUGUGAGAGCAGGACUGUUUUACCUCAGCGUCCGUGUGAACAGGCUGGAGAUCAGUUGCCCGAGAAGGAAACAAGCCCUUGCCAACAAGCUGUGUCUGUGUCUCAGCCAGCACUGCUGAGUGAGGUUACACAGGCUCAUACAAAGAUGAACAGGAAUGAUGCACCUGUCGGACUAGAGCGUCCACUCAACCAGUGUACAAUGGACACACAACCACCACAAAAGACGACAUCAGAGAGAGAGACUAUGACAGAUGACAUCGAGACCCCUUCUUUGAAUCGUGUUCUUCAAGCAGCCAUUGACAAAAUGACACAGGACACAUGGGAUCAUUCCAGGGGAUCAAAUGAAAGCCAUGCGGUCCUUUUUACAGACCUACAGAAGUCACCCGUCCAAAGCCCUGGUGGUGGUGAGAACACCCAAGGGUGUAACGUUUCGCCCACCACCCAGCAAAGCCAAGUUGAUAUAGCUAUAAAAACUGUUGAAGGGACAGAAAUACAAGUUAAUGAGAAGAUAGAGAGUAAGGAGGUAGAUAAGUUAUUAGUGCAGUCUGACAGUAUCGCCCCAAGUGAGAAGAUAGUUGAGAUAGAGACUGAAAGUGCUACCCUUCAUAUGAUUCUCAACAAUGAAAUCGAUAAGACCAAAGAUGCAGGAAACAAAGACAGAGAUGUUAUCGACGUGGAGAAUAAUGAGCAUAUAUCAAAAAUGGGAGAGGAAACUCAUUCAGAAUUACACAAUUUGAAAUCCGAUUUAUUUGAGCCUGCUUUUCCACUCCAAACAAAAACUCCAGAAAACACAAAUGUAUCCCAAGUCCAAAUUAAAGAUUUGCAGGAAAUUCAAAAACCUGUAACAAAAGUCAUAUCUGUAGCUGAACUUUUGAGAUCACAAAUAAAGGCUCUUGAGUCCACACUAGCAAAUUCAUUGACCACCAUACCGGUCCAUGCUGACUUUGUACAACAGCCAACUGCAACUUCUACUGAAACUUGUAAGGCGAUAAAAGAUGACGACAGCAAAAGUAAAACAGAAGUGAAGAAGUCAAUGCCUGACAGGAAAACUGAGACGAGUAUUGACGAUGCUCCCCCAAAAAAUAUAAAGGAAACCCUUAUGGAGGUUUAUCGCCUGCUAAAUAAAACUGAUGAGGAACAAAGUCAGACUCCAGGUGUAAUUUCACCACCUGUUCAGGCUUUACAAAAACCUCUUGUAAUCCCACCUAUCCCUGUUGUAGACACUGGCACCACUAUAGAGACUGCAGGACGUGUUGGCAGUGCCAAAAAAUAUAAGGGAGUUAUGGACAUUUGCCAGGAAGCAGAUGUAUCAACUCUGGUUUCAAGCCUAUCUGGAACUGUCAGUCAAGAAGCUGUGACUCCACUUACAGUAACGCCUAUAGAGACCAGUGGUCAAGAGUCAAAUAUUACUAUUUUGAAGCAUGCCAAAGAUAAACCUGUUCAAGGUAAAGACAUCGAAUUUAUACAAAAAUUAAGCUCAGAGAUUAAACUCAACAGCAAAACUGAAAGGGGGAUCACUGAAGGACUUUUAGAUCAAUACAAAAUGGAAGAACACAACACAAAAAACAAUUCUUUGCCGAGUGUACAAAAGUUUCCCACUAAAAGUGUGGUUGACACCGAUACACAAGAGAAUAAUCUUCAACAUAUUCAGAAGGACAGCUCUGUGGUUGAGGAAUUUUCAAGGACGGACUCCUUAACCAGUCCAACUCCUGAGGCUAGUCCAUUGUUAAAGAGAAGAAAUUGUGUUUCUCCCAUCCCUUCUGCUACUGCACAAGAACUGGCGUCUGGGGCCCGACGCAAAAUCCUAGUACCCAAGGCCAAAUCUGAAGAGACCACAGAGGCCACAUCACCAGUCAAUACCCAAACACAGAAAAAGGAACUUUCUAUACAGAGCAGCAAGCUUAACCCAAGUCUUGUGAACCUCUCGACAUCCCCAAGCCUGUCACGACGGUCACCUCUUCUGCAGCUCCCUGGUGAGCAAACACCUCCUUUAGAAAAGCGUUCUCCACUAUUGAACAGAAAGAAGAUGACACCUGAGAUUCAAGCACCAAGCCAGCAGUCCACUGAGGAGAUCCACAUGGCCAAAACUGAGGGGAAACCUACGGAUAAGGACAAGCACGACCCAUUCAAAGCUCCUCAGGUUAUUCGUAAGAUCAGGGCUGAAACUUUUGCAGAUGCCUCAGGACACUUGAAACUGUGGUGCCAGUUCUUCAACGUUCUCAGUGACUCUACAAUUAAAUGGUACAGAAAUGAAGAGGGGGUCACUCAGAUCAAAAGAAAUGCAGGGGAUGAAACUCAGGUCAACCUUGCCAUUCUUCAGGCAUCAUGCAAAGACUCUGGAGUUUAUGGAUGCACAAUCACUAAUGAAUAUGGGACGGACUCAACAGACUGUCUUCUCAGUGCUGAUAUCUUGGCUGGAAUGUCCUUACGUGAGGACCUUGGCGUUGGAGAAGAAAUCGAAAUGACACCCCUGAUAUUCAGCAAGGGUGUGGGCGAUUCUGGCAUCUGGGGUAACAAAUUCUUUGGCCGUAUAAUGAUGCAGGAAUCUCAUAUUGGUGAUGGCUGCUCACAUAAAGUUUGGAGGGCAAAAGUCAUUUAUGGGCUGGAGCCUGUGUUUGAGUCUGGAAACACAUGUAUCAUUAAAGCACGUAACCCCAUCGCCUACGGAGGCAAAGGAGAAAGCUGCCUCAUAGACAGGAACCUGGACAUUACCAAGCAGGAGUGUAAAAUUCAGAACUUGGCUCGUGAAUACUGCAAAAUUUUCUCAGCAGAGGCAAGAGUGAUUGAACACUUUGGUCCUUCUCUUGAGGUGAUUCCAGUUUACAUGAUCUACCGACCUGCAAACACUGUCCCUUAUGCCACAGUGGAGGCUGAUCUUACAGGAGUCUAUCAGAAGUACUCUGUUCUGGAUCAUGCAGGCAGAAUAGAUAUGAGGACUGGCUCUGAGGUGGAGCAGAAGUGCUGUGCUCUGCAGCACUGGAUCUUUCAGUGGACCAAUGGCAAUCUGCUACUCACUCGAUUGGAGGGUGUUGACACUAAGAUCACCAAUGUUGGAAUUUCAGUCAAAUCGACAGGGCAUCAAGGUCUGUCUGUUGAAGGGAAUCCCAAAGUUUUUGAGCUGUUUGUCUCCCAGCACCAGUGUAACUACUUCUGUGGUCUGCUCAGCCUGAGGUCACUAAAGGUCAUGGACUCUUUAUUGACACCAGUGAAGCCCAAGAGCUCCAAGAGCCCGUUACUUCAGCGCAAAAUGGCUGCCGGCUCCUCCAGCCCUCAGACCGGCAGGAAAGCUGCUGGCAGCCCCAGAAUUCCCAGGAAGACUGAGCAAGAUGGAAGAAAGACCCCCACUAAACAAAAAGCUGCUGAUGCUCCCAAAGUAGUGAAGAUGGAAUAUAACUCGACAAGACAUGAAUGAUCACACAUUUUCUCAAUGGAACAGUAUAAUGAUAAAAUUCCAUUGAUUUUCUGAAGUCCUAAUACAGAUAAGGCUUUACUGUUGGGUAUACGUAUCAGCAAAACAGAGCAAAAGAAAAAAUAUCUCUGUUUUUAAGAGAGGUAAAACCCAUCAAAUAAUAUGACUCAGCUAUUUAAUUUUAACAGCCACCAUUCCUUGACAUUAUCACUUAUUGUGGAUUGAUACCCUCACAUGUUGUGGUGAUUAGAUAUUGUAUCCUACAUUCAGUAAACUACAGUGUAGUAGUAGCUUUCCUGGGUUUGUAUUCUAUCAAUCCAUGUACCAUUGUAGGUCACAGAUUGUGAAUCCCAAUCUCAGGUCAGUGUAUUUUUACUAAAUGAAUGUGCAAGAUAAAACAUUUUGAACUGAAGUGGCAUUAUAUGUAGUCUAUGUGUAAUUUUCAGUGUAAAAGCACAAAUGUGUAUUUUUUGUAGUCACCCUUGUGAGAAUGUAGGGGAGUUAUUAUGUCAAGUAAAACCAUGACAUAUACAUUCAGACAACACGUUUUUAAGGUUGUUUUUUUGUUUUUGUUUUUUUAGGAAUGUAUCAAGUAACUGUAGCUUCACAUGACACUGUUGUACAGUGGCUAAUGGUGCUGUGCUUUUAUAUUGUAACCUGUCAUGUUUACUUGCUAAUCUACUUUGCACUGCAUUUUUAGAAACUGCACCUUUGAAUGCAACUGGCUGUAAAAUAAAAGAUAUGAUAUGACCUUGUA